UUCAUCGUCAGGGUGACCCUUGGUGUUUCUCGGUGGCACGCUCAUCAAGUGCUGAGCAGUGGCAGGUGGUUUUCGUUGACACGGGCAAAACACAGAUAUCCGUCGGUGGAACGAGGCUCUGGCUGGGUCUUCCGGUGUCAGUCAUAUCGAGAAGGCAGCAAAAAAAAAGGAUAUUCUUAUGCCACAAUCUCGACACUCUCAACCGUCGACCAUCCCGGCGUCGUUCGUGGCCAAGAAAUCUCAAAUCUUGUCGUUGCUCACGCAACCCGAAGACGAGUACACCGACAAGUCACCCAAGGGGACGGUGGACCAUCAGAUCCUACACCUCAUACAAGAGAUCAACGGUUACGAUGGCCUCGUGACGACGAGCAGUUGCGCCGGUCGGGUUGCCGUGUUCGUGGAGGGACCUAGGUCGACCGCGAAGGCGGGAGACGUGAACGAUGCUGGAGAAGGGGAAGAUGAACAGAUGACAGGAGACCCUGUGAUUGGGGUCACCACCACCAACUCCUCCUCCUCCUCCUCCUCCUCCUCCUCCUCCUCCUCCUCCUCCUCCGCCGCCGCCGCCGCCGCCACGGCUACUACUACUACGACGACGACAACAGCGACAUCACCCGGAGGCAAGGGUGGUGGAAAAUGGUUGUACGUCUCUCAUGAUCCUAUCGAACCUCUCCAUGCCGAUGGUCAAGCUGGACCUUCGACUACGGCACAAGAUUUCACGACCUUGUUCAGAUUGACACCCUCCUCAUCAACUACGCCCCAACAACCCAACAACAACAACACAACCUCGAAAAGUCCCAGACUGAUCCACCUCACCUUCUCGCCUCUGAUCCUACACGUGCACUGCGCCACCUUGAGACACGCUCGACCUCUUGUGGCCGCCGCCGUCAAUUCUGGGUUCCGCGAAAGUGGCGUCCAAAGUCUGAGGGUCUUGGACGAUCCCGACCACGGUGUCAUGGUAGCUAUACGUACCGCCGGGUUAUCAUUCGAGACUGUCGUUGGUGUCGUUUGCCCUUCUUCGUCUUCUUCUUCUACUACAGGACCAAACGAUGAACAACCAGACACAAACCGAGAGGUGAUACAAAGUAUAGUCGGUGAAGAAUACCUUGCAAUGUGUGCGGGUGUGGUCAAUGAGAGAUUUCGAUGGAACCAUGAACGAAGAGAGAGGUUCAGAGCGGAACUAAAACGAGCAAUGGCAAAGGAAGGGUUUGGGGGGUCGUCAUCAUCGGCGGAGUCGGGCGAGGAACCCGUACAGUGGGAAGAUAAAGAUGCAAGACGAAGAAGGAAAAGGGAGGAAGGAUUGGCCAGACAGAGGAAGGAAAGAGAAGAGGAAAGGCGAUCACAAAGAGAAAACCGAGAAGGUGACUCGGACGAACUAGAUGCAGGACUCGGAGCACUCAAGGUCGUUUGAAGGGAGUUUGUGUCGUUGCCGAGUUAGAAAUCAUGGGGCUCGACGAAAAGAAUAGAAUCUGCCAGUGGAAUAUCAUCAAAGGCUGAUAAUGUCACCAUCGACCUUUGAUGCGAAUGCCAUGUUGACAAUGCU